GGUUCAGUGGGCUGGGUUUAGAGCAACGAUGGCCGCCGCCAGCAGCAGCAGUCUCUACAGUGGCUCCAAAUUACUGCUCGGUUUUACAUGCAAAGGGAAGAAAAUGCCUUUGAAAUUUCGCUGGACAAUCGCUUUUCUGGUUGUUACUCUAAGCCUGUGUUUUGCCGACGAUGACCACGAAAUGGAGGAGUUCCUGAAGCGGGAGCAUUCCCUUUCCAAGCCUUACCAAGGUGUGGGCUCCUCAAGCUCCUCCCACUGGGAGCUGAUGGGCGAUGCCAUGGUAACCACCGAGCAGGUGCGCCUGACACCUGACAUGCAGAGCAGACAGGGGGCGAUAUGGAGCCGCAUUCCCUGCCAUCUGAAGGACUGGGAGGUGCAGGUGCACUUUAAAAUUCACGGGCAAGGAAAGAAGAACCUGAACGGUGACGGGUUGGCCAUUUGGUACACGAAGGAACGCAUGCAGAAAGGGCCUGUUUUUGGAAAUAAGGACAACUUCACCGGCUUGGGCGUUUUUGUGGACACAUACCCCAAUGAGGAGAAACACAUAGAGGCGCAGAAGAAGAGAUACACUCCUCGCACACAGAGGAUCUUCCCCUUUGUCCUGGCAAUGGUGGGGAAUGGCACCAUCAGCUACGACCACGAGCGGGAUGGCCGGCCCACAGAGCUGGGUGGCUGCAACGCCAUGGUGCGCAACCUCAAGCACGAUAGCUUCCUCUUCAUCCGAUACGUCCGCCGCAGGCUCACGGUGAUGAUAGAUAUCGACGGGCAGCAUGAAUGGAGGGACUGCCUGGACCUACCUGGCGUGCGGUUGCCACAAGGCUAUUAUUUUGGCGCUUCAGCAAUCACUGGAGAUCUCUCAGAUAACCAUGAUAUAAUUUCUAUGAAACUCUACCAACUGACGGUGCUGCGGAGCAAAAAGGAAGAAGAGGAGGAAGAAGACGUGAUAACCAUACCCAGUGUAGACAACAUGGAGCUCAUCAGAUUGGGUCAGAGUGAUGAGGGGAUGAGCGGAAUAGCCAUUUUCUUCACCGUGCUCUUUUCCAUGCUGGGGUGCAUCUUCCUCAUCGUUAUCGGCCUGGUGGUGUACAGCCACUGGAACGAGAACAGACGCAAGCGCUUCUACUGAGGACAACAACAAAGCAGACAGCGAUUGUAAAAGCCAUCAUGGUCUGCGGACACAACUGCACUGAAAGUGAGACGCUGCUGUCAGCUGGCACUGGUUUGUUUUUGUUUUGUUUUUUUUUAAUCCCGAGGACAACUCAGUUUGACAGGAAGUGGAGUGGAUGUAUUCCCUGCUACACAAAAAGCCAUACUACAACUUUGCCAUCAGUAGCCAUGAACCAAUAGGAGGAUCUCAAUUCACACUUUGUCCCCCCCCCGGUUGACGCGCACCAACUCGGCCUUACCAUCUCCACCUCUGUACCUGAUACAAAGCAGAUGUGCAGCACCGUCACUGACUUCUCAUGAGCAGCUAUUUUUUUGUGUUUUGGUACUGUUUGCUGGAUUUGGAGGAUAUUUUUUUCACUGGUUUUCACAUCACUGAUGUUGAUUUUGCAGCUUUAAGAAAUCUACUUAAGUAAGCUGAUGUGUUCCUGCUUGCAAGUCCAUUAACUACCUGCAGUACAAGGCGCUAACCAAAUUAGCAACAGCCACUGAUCCGCUUCCUUGCAUUAGAAAAGCCUCUCAGUUUAUACUGUGCUGUAUUGUGUGCUCUAUAUUCUUAUUGUUGUUUUAGCAUGCAUGGCGUUUGUGUGGGUUAGUCUGUGAUCUGCUUUGUUAACAUCAUGUGUGAGCUUUUAGCCGUUCUAUCUACACAUAGCAUGUGUCAAUGGCAGCGAUCGGUGUGUUUCAGGGAAAUUAUCAAUUUAACUCAGUUGCUUUGUCAAAACGCUUAUUUAUAUUUCAUACCUUUACCCUAGUCUGUGUGUGCAUUUAAAAAAAUGUUUUUUUAUUUUCACUACUGCUAUUUUAUGUUUGUUUUAUUUUAUAAGAAGAUGGUUCUUUCAGCCACUUCUCUUUUUCUAUUUAGCACGUCACACCCUUCCUGACUCCACCCUCUCAUUUACACCACACGUCAUCAUAUCUCUUAGGUGGUGCUUUUUAUUUAUUGUGCAGUCUUUGGAAACUUCAUUUGUUUCUGUAACCCAGCGGUCCCCAACCUUUUUUGCGCCACGGACCGGUUUAUGCCCGAGAAUAUUUUCACGGACCGGCCUUUAAGGUGUCGCGGAUAGAUACAACAAAAUA